UAUCAAAUUUCGAAAUUUUUUUAUUUAACUCGUUAUCGUGGUAGUAAAACAUUCUCCAGGUAUGGGAGCCGUACUCGCUACGCCCAUAACCGUUACUCUCGCAUUACUUUCUACUAGACCAUCAGAUAUCAUAUAUUGGUGCAAAUGGAUCACUUCUUAUUUUUACGUUUCGACGUACAAGCGCUCUUUGGAGACCAGGUUCGAUUCGUUCGACAUGGAUGCAGAUGGAGACCCUUACAAAACAGAUUUUAUUCCAUUUCCUGAAGAGUUAACGUUGGAGUCACCUUUGCCAGAAUCUCAAUUGGUUAAUACUGCAGAUGAAGUCUUUUUUUAUGGAGUGAAUUCCAAAUCCGAGUACCUCAUUACUCGAAUUGCAAGAGGAACUAACCAUGAAGCACAAGCAUGGGUUUACUUAAAGUUGAGCAAUGGAAAAAUCUAUCAGCUUCAAGAGACAUCCGGCUUCGAGCAAUCAAGCAGUGAUAAAAGGACAUUCUCUUGUGGAGGAUUGCAAAUUCAUUACUUAUGUCCGAUGAGAAGAUGGAGGAUAUUUUUCAAUGGCCUACUCAAUGAAACCAGCGAAGAUGGAGAAUCAUUAGAGAGAAAAGUACAUGUGAAAUUUGCUUUAUUAUGGCGUGCAUCCACAGAUCCUUUCGACUUUAGAACUCAUGUAAGUAGUAAAGCCCUGACAACCAGCUUAGCUAAAGCUAAAUGGGAUCAGUACUCUCCACCUAUAGAAAGGUUAUUCAAUGCUCUAAAUAUGUACACCCAGUGUGGGAUCAUCAUGGGAACUGUCAAUAUAGAUGGAAGUGAUGAGGAUCUAGAUUUAUAUUUAUUUGGAGAAAAACUAAGAAUGUUGGGUGAUAUUCCAUCACUAAAAGGAACAGAAUCCUUUCACGUCCUAGGGCAUGUUCCUAAAAAUGGGCGUUUUGUGCAUAUUAUGGAAGUGUCCAUUGCCAAUGUGGCAGAAAAUUUAUUUUUUGGAUUCGCCACUUCGCUGACAGGUGGAAUACGACCUAUUCAAGCCAAAGAUUUCUCUUUGGAAUCAUUAGUCAAUGAAGAGAGAGCAAAGAAGGAUAUUGAAGCUAAAUUCCGCACCAAAAACAAAUUAUUCCAAUUAAAAGGGAAAGUCUCAGGAAGGCGAAAUAAUAUCCUGAUUAAUGAAAGUUGGAAUGAGCGUUUAACAGUUGACUGUCUUGAUUUUGAAUUGAAUAUAUUACAUGCAAUCGAUAUGGUGAAACCGAAAGGAGAAGAAUCUAAUUUAUUAGCAGGAGGUGAGACAGGAAAAGGAUUUCUUUUGAACGGGAAAAUAACAAAUUCUUCGCGAAAGACGAUUUCCCAGAAAAUUUCUAGUAACUCUGAAUCAGCUACUACUCCAUUGGUUGUACAUUUCUCAGAGAAGAUUUGUCAAAACUCAGAUGUAACAGGUGGAAAAGGAUCAUCCUUAGGAAAACUUACAGAACUUAGUAAAGAACUCCAAAGUUUUGUGGUUCCAAAUGGAAUUGUCGUCACUACAAGAGCUUACGAAUUGUUCAACACUGAUGAUAUUUUGAAAGAAAUUAAGAAAUUGGAAAGCGUUCUUUACCAAGAUAAAUUGGAUGAAACGAAAGCAGCAUGUCAGAGAUUAAUGGACGAAGUUAUAAAAUCUUCGAUACCUGAUCCAAUUCUCCAAGCUGUAGUUACAAAUCUUCAGAAUGCAUUUCCGGAUAGAAAACAUGAUCACAAAUUUGCUGUUCGUUCAUCAGCCACUGGAGAAGAUACAGAACAGAUGUCCGCAGCAGGACAAAUGGAAACUUUCCUUGGAGUAGCUGGCAUUAGUGAGAUAAUGGCUGCUAUUAAAAAGUGUUGGGCGUCUCAAUUCAGUUUCAUUGCUGUUCAAUACAAAAGGCAGAAUGGUCAGGUGAUAAACAGUCCAAUGGCUGUUGUUGUUCAAGAAAUGAUUCCUUGUGACAUAGCAGGAGUUCUUUUUACUUGCGAUCCUCUAACAGGAAAUCCAACAAGCAUGAGCGUUACUGCCAAUUAUGGAUUAGGUGAGUCUGUAGUGUCUGGAUCAGAAGAACCAGAUACAAUUGAGAUUGAAAGGCUUGAUGAAAAUAACUUGACAAUUAAGAACAAAAUCAUUGGAUCGAAGAGCCGUAGAAUAGUUUUGAAAGAUGAUGGUGGUACUAAGGUUGAAGAUGUUGCGGAAAAUGAAAAGCAAUCCUGUUGUUUAUCAGAUAAUAAUGCUCUACGGCUAGGACGUAUAGCAAUAAAAAUAGAAAAAAGUUAUAGAUCAUACAGAGAUAUAGAGUGGGGAUUCUGGAACAACAAUAUAUAUAUAUUCCAAUCUCGGCCUGUUACAAGUGGUUUUGGAGAAACAGAUUUUGAAAUAGACCAUGAAUUCGAUGCUGCUAUGCGAUGUGAGAAUGAUUAUUUUACGAUGAGUAACGUUGGAGAAGUGAUGCCGGGUUCUACAUCUCCGCUAGGUUUAGAUGUGAUUAUGAAAUUUUUCAAAAUAGUUUUUCAGAGUAGACGCUUUACUUCAUGGCACAGAGGAGAACAUCCCAGAUAUUAUCCAAGAGGAAUAGUAUCAAUGUACCGUCAUGUUAUGUUCUUUUGUCUUGAUCUCUUUCAGCACGUCAAUGAAAACCUGGAACGAGCAAAAGCCAGUGGUGUAGGAAUGUUUGGAAGAGUAUUAGACGAUGAAGAACUUUUUGAUAUGGCGAAGGAAAGGCAUGGUGAUGAAAUAAUGAAAUUUUUCUCCAGAAAGAUGUAUGUGAGACUAAUUUAUGAGAUGGUUUAUGGUGGCAAAUCAAGACUAGACAAAGCUAUUAAUCAUUAUGGAAAGUAUUCUGUGCCAUCCAUUAAAUACAAAAAUUCUCAAGAAUUAUUCAACCAUCUGCUGUCCUGCUGUUCUGAUUUAACUCCGGCAAUGAGAUCUCACAUGGUGUGCUCCCAAUCAUCUUCCUUUUUGAAUAUGUUCAUUUUCAUGACUCUAAAGAAUGCAAUUGGAGAAAUCAACGCCGAUGUUUACAGUGAUUUUUCGCAACUGCUGACUACAUCUAGUGAAGUUGAGAGUGCAGAUGUUCCUGCUGCAAUGGAGAAAUUAGCGUACUUCAUUUUCAAAGAAAAGAAACCCGAAGAAUUUAAAAGCAUGAAAACAGAGGAAGCUUUACGAUGGUUAGAGACUACGCAAACAACUGCAGGAGAAAAGUAUCGAGAUUUUCUAGAGAAACACGGGCAUCGCUGCUUGAGAGAAUUCGAUGUUUUUUCACUAACCUGGAAGCAAGAUCCACAGACUCUUGUAAAACUACUGCAAAAUCUAGUUGGGAGUGUUACUAAAGAAAAAUCUGAGAAAAAACAAGAAGACUUCGGGAAAUUAAUUUCCAAAUUGAAAGCUCCGAUGACUCGCAGUACCAAGUUACUGCUGAGAAUUUUACUCCCAUUGAGUAGAAAAGCUGUGCAGCAUAGAGAAUGCUCAAAGUCUCUUCUUAUACGAAGUGUUAAUGAGUGGCGGAAAGGAUAUAGAAAACUCGCCAAAUUGAUGGUUCAGGAAGGACGAAUUCCAGAUGAAGAUAUCCUCUUUUUUAUGUCCUUAGAGGAAAUAAAAGAGUUACUUGAGACGAGAUCACCAAGAAUCAUUUCAAAGGCUAAUCAUCGGCGAAGACGUCAACCAGUUAUUGAUAGAUAUAUUUUUCCAGAAAUUAUUAAAGGUUUCCCAAAACCAAUUAAUGCAGAAAAUAAAAUUGCCGUGAAUAACGACGAAAAUUUCUCUAUGAAAGGAUUGCCUGUUAGUCGAGGUGUGGCUACUGGUGUAGUUCGUGUGGCUCUUGAUUUAGAAGAAGCUUCUCUUUUACAGCCAGGUGAAAUACUUGUAACUUACAGCACAGAUAUAGGGUGGUCACCCUAUUUCCCUAUCUUAGGAGGUGUUGUCACAGAACUUGGUGGUCUUAUAUCGCAUGGAGCUGUGGUAAGCCGAGAAUAUGGUCUUCCAUGCAUAGCAGGAAUGCAUGGGGCGACACAACAGUUCAAAACAGGUGACUAUGUUCUAUUGGAUGGAACAAAAGGAAUUUUACAGCGGUUGCCUAACCCAGAAGACUCGUGAAAAUUCAUUCAUUUACUUCAUAUUUUUGUGUCUGACAAUCAUGAACUUAUAUGCUAGGAAAUGGAUUUUUUCAUUACAUUAUAUUUUCUUUCAAUAUAAACUCUUAAUUGCAUUGUGUGAUACCUUGCCCAUACUUUUAACAUAAUUCAGGUUCUUUCUUGCCAUAUCUUCAAUGAAUGUAUAAUUGUUAUAUAAAUUUUUAUAUUAUAUUUUUGAAAUAAAAAAGUACGUUUUAGCUUUGAGAA